CCGUCGCUGAGCCCCGCCUCCCGGCGCAGGUCUCGCGACAUUUGCGGGGGAGGGCGGUGCGAGAUGUGCGGCGGCUGUGUGGGCACCGAGUACCCCGAGCGGGGCACUACCUGUCUGGAGGGCGGAUCUUUCCUCCUGAACUUCGUGGGGUGCGCGCAGUGCGGCCGCCGGGACUUCGUGCUGGUCAGCAACCGGGCCGAGGGCCUGCACGGCGGGGAGGAGAUCGUCACCUAUGACCAUCUGUGCAAGAACUGCCACCACCUGAUUGCACGCCACGAGUACACCUUCAGUGUGGUGGAUGACUACCAGGAAUAUACCAUGCUGUGCCUGCUCUGUGGCCGUGCUGAGGAUUCCGUCAGCAUCCUGCCUGAUGACCCUCGCCAGAUGACCCCGCUGUUCUGAUCACCAUGUGUAUCCCGGGAUGAGCUUCCAGGAGCUCUGGAUCCCUGGCACUGUAUUUCUGGGGACCACACAGUCCCUGACAUGAUUUGCCCCUCCAAACUUCCAGCCUGGAUGCAGCAAACACCCAACACUGGAUGCUGCCAUGUUUCUGGAGCCUUUUGGCUCUGACCCUGACUGCAAGGAUGGGAUGCAGUGCCAUGGCCCAAGCCCCCUGUGUGCUGAAGACAUAAAGGGGUCCCCAAAACAGGAUCCAAAGGGAUUCCCACCCCAUCCCGCCUCAGGAGCCCUCAUAUGUGGGGUAAUAAAUGUGACGUGUGACA